AUGGAAGUAUACGUAGACGACAUGUUGGUUAAAUCAAAGAGAGAAGUUGACCAUGUUGCUCACCUAUCAGAGAUGUUCGAAAUCUUGAGGAAGUACAGGAUGAAACUCAACCCGCAGAAAUAUGUGUUCGGAGUAGAGUCGGGGAAAUUCCUCGGUUUUAUGGUUAACCACAGAGGCAUAGAGGCCAACCCGGCAAAAAUCAAAGCGCUGUUGGACAUGAAGUCUCCAGCUACCAUCAAGCAGGAGGGAGAGACGCUUGUCCUUUACUUGGCCGUUUCGGACUACUCCAUAAGUGCGGUAUUGGUAAAAGAAGAUGAGGAGGGGCAGUCCCCGAUCUACUACGUGAGCAAGAGGUUGUUAGACGCGGAGACCCGCUACACGAGCAUGGAGAAGCUGGUAUAUGCCCUGGUGCAUGCAACUAGAAAACUGCGACUAUACUUCCAGGCUCAUAAGGUAGAAGUUAGGACGGCAUACCCCCUCCGACAGAUUAUGCAUAAACCGGAGGUGACCGGUAGAAUGAUGAAGUGGGCAAUCGAGUUGGGGCAGUUUGACCUAGACUACAAGCCGAGCACCGCCAUCAAGGGACAAGCCCUAGCAGAUUUCAUCUUGGAGUUCCCCGAAGAUGGGGAGAAGUCUGGCCUCUUGAUUAAAUAUGACCCCGACCUACCACCACAGCAGACAUACCCCAGGGAAAACAUACCCGAGCUCUGGUGGAUAUUGCACACAGAUGGGGCCGUAAAUAAUGAAGGAGCGGGAGCCGGGAUAGUAUUGGUAAGUCCGGAAGGGCACAGACUCUUGAACGCAAUUCAUUUUACCUUCCAGCUCUCUAACAACGAUGUAGAGUAUGAAGCCCUGAUCGGAGGGUUGAGGCUUGCCCUUGAAAUAAAGGUGAGGAAGCUUGUUAUAAAGGUCGACUCCAUGCUGGUGGUCGAGCAUAUCAAAGGAGGAUACCAAGCAAAAGGACCUAAAACGGCCAUAUAUCUCAAAUGCGUACAAGGACUGUUAGAUCAGUUUGAAGAGGUGCAGGUGAACAGGGUACCUAGAGAAUUCAACGGGGAUGCUGACGCCCUCGCAAAGUUAGCAUCUCAGAAAGACCCGGCCUUACUGGGAGUUAUCCGCCUGGAGAUACAGGAGGUACCUAGCAACCCCGAGCUUGAGGUAACGGAAAUAGAAGACAAGGGUGAGAAUCCAACAUGGAUGACCCCAAUCUAG